GCUUGUGGUCGUUGGACAGGUGCUUGUGGUCGUUGGACAGGUGCUUGUGUAUUCUGACGCAGGUUGUGAUUUGCCCUGCUAUAAGUAGAUCUAUUCAAGGGAUACUUUAGUCCACACCAGCACCUGACACCCCCAGAACAGCCAAGUUGGAUUAACCCAUCAAGAUGUAAUUUAUAAAUGGACGCAGCCACUGGCGCCGUGAGUUUACGGCUUGGUUUGAACUUUGCCCUUUGAACCGACGAACUGAACAGCCUCCGACACUAAUGAACAUUCCCCGCUCAGCGCCCGCCUCUGUAGAACAGUCACGUGCUACUGACGUCAUGAAAUGCGUGGGUCGUUAUUAUGACGUCACAGAGGUGAUACUGGCAUACGUCAUCGCCGGGGCGACGUUUGUACUCAGCCAAGCCAUGGAUAUGCCUUUAUCUGGAGGGGCAGCACUCGACAUGGACACCAUGUACCCGCCCCCGGUUGUGACGACCCCACCCCCACAGGACGACGAGAUGUGCUGUAGCGGCAUCCUGGGCUACGCCUCGGACAACGUGUCCGUCAACUUCCCGUGCCAGGGCAGACCCUGCUGCAACAGCAGCGAGACGGUCGCCGUCGUCGCCAUCGACCACUCGUUGGGGUUCAGGUUCCAGUGUAUGCCCCGCCACAGCAUCCAGCCACUUUGUUACGAGGACGGCACCGAAGUCCGGACGACCAAUCAGGAUCCAGAUUUCAUCCCACGUGCCUGCUGCCAGGGGUUGAAGUUCAAGGUCGUGUUGAACCAGUGGUACGCAGCGUUGGUCAUCAAGUGUGUGGAGGAGAGCGACGACUACUCUUGA